AUUACUCUACUCUGAGAUAUCAUUCUUUAUCAUUUAAUACUCUACGAUAAGGAAAGUGACGUAAACAGCUGUUGCUGCGUCAUCGGGUGUUGACUUUUUUCAAGUACAUCGAGGAGUUAUUUAAAGUUGUGUUAUUUGCGAUAAGGUUAGCCUAGCAGCUACAUUCGGAACAUAACCGGCCUGAGUAGAGUUGUCAUUUAAGAGCCCGCGUAACCUGAACUGUCGAGCGAUGUCUAAAAUAAAGGUUGGUCCCGUCGUGGACAUCCUCGGCGACGAGAUGACGCGGAUCAUCUGGGACCUGAUCAAAGAGAAGCUGAUCCUGCCGUUCCUGGACAUCGAGCUGCACGUGUACGACCUGGGCAUGGAGUCGCGGGACCGCACGGACGACCAGAUCACCGUCGACUGCGCCAACGCCAUCCUCAAGUACAACGUGGGCAUCAAGUGCGCGACCAUCACGCCCGACGAGAAGCGCGUGGAGGAGUUCGGCCUGAAGAGCAUGUGGAAGUCCCCGAACGGCACGAUCCGCAACAUCCUGGGCGGGACGGUGUUCCGCGAGCCCAUCCUCUGCAGCAACAUCCCGCGGCUCGUGACGGGCUGGCACAAGCCCAUCAUCAUCGGGCGCCACGCGCACGCCGACCAGUACAAGGCGACGGACUUCGUGGUGCCGGGCGCGGGCAGGCUGCAGCUCACGUGGAGCGGCGCCGACGGGACGGCCAUCACGCACACGGUGCACGACUACAAGGGCCCCGGGGUCGCCAUCGGCAUGUACAACACCGACGACUCCAUCCGCGACUUCGCGCACGCGUCCUUCAAGUACGCGCUGGACCGCCGCUACCCGCUCUACCUCAGCACCAAGAACACCAUCCUCAAGAAGUACGACGGCCGCUUCAAGGACAUCUUCCAGGAGAUCUACGACGGACAGUACAAGGCGCAGUACGAGGCGGCGGGCAUCUGGUACGAGCACCGCCUCAUCGACGACAUGGUCGCCUACGCCAUGAAGAGCGAGGGCGGGUUCGUGUGGGCCUGCAAGAACUACGACGGCGACGUGCAGUCCGACUCGGUGGCGCAGGGCUACGGCUCGCUGGGGCUGAUGACGUCCGUGCUGGUGUGCCCCGACGGCAAGACGGUGGAGGCCGAGGCGGCGCACGGCACGGUCACCCGCCACUACCGGUUUCACCAGCAGGGCAAGGAGACGUCCACCAACCCCAUCGCGUCGAUCUUCGCGUGGACGCGCGGGUUGCUGCAUCGCGCCAAGCUGGACGGCAACGUGCCGCUCAAGGACUUUGCGGAGAAGCUGGAGCAGGUGUGCGUGGAGACGAUAGAGUCCGGCUCCAUGACCAAGGACCUGGCCAUCUGCAUCAAAGGUAUGAACAACGUGCAGCGGGGAGACUAUCUGGACACCUUCGCGUUCAUGGACAAGCUGGCCGAGAACCUGAAGAUGAAGCUGCAGUCCUCCAGGUUGUAGUUCCGUGCAUCACUAGGGGGCGGGCUUCGAGCUCUGGUCGGUCGGUACUGUCCGCGCAUUUAGCUGCUGGCUAGCCGGUCCCUAUUUAUAUCUAUUUGGGAAAAUGUUUGAUGCUUUCAUUUUAUUUUUAAUUACUUUUGCUGCCUUGUCAGCAGUUGAAUCACUGCUGGCAGCACCAGCUGACAGUCAAAUGUUGUAGCAGUGUCGUUGGUAUACCUACACAAGUUUGGUUGCUCAGGGUGGAUGCACUCCCUCUUCGUCACACUGCAGUUCGUAGGUUGGUAUGUCAGCUGCACAAGAUAGCGCAGGUGAUUUGUAUUGGGGCCAGGGUAUUGUCAUAAGUUAUUAUUUAAUUUUACAGUAACAAGAAGACAGUAAAAUGGUUGAUUAUUACAAAUUUUAGCUGCUUAGCUGGUAAAAAAAAAAAAAAAAGAUGUUUACAAUUAUCAUUAUCAUUUGGUGAUUUCCUUAAUUUUCUUCAAUAUUUUAGACCUACCAAGGAAUUGCUAGAUUGUGUUUUCUAAAAGUAGACACCUAACGUAUAGGCAAAGAUUUUUAAAAUGUACUGCUUGCCAGAAAAAUUCAAUUCGAUAAGCUCUAUAAUGUGUUUUAUCUUAUUUAGGUGUCCUUGUACAAAUUUUGAGUAAAUUAAUUGGGUUCUUUAGAAUUAGGUAAAGAAUUUAGUUUAGAAUUAUGUAAAGACAUGUUCUAUAACCAAUUUCAGGUGGCAUUGUAAGGUGUUAAAGUUAUAUUUCGUGUGAAAAUGCCUAAAAAUGUAGCCAGCCCAAACCUGUAAUCAUAUAUUGAAGGAAGGAAGUGUCAAAGCCAUUGCAGAUUUGUGUUUUGUACUGUUCAAGAAACUCUCCAACCCACUCUAUCAUUCAGUCUCUAUGAACCUAACACAUGAUGAUAUUGAUAAUGUGUACUACUUAUUAUUAAUAAUGACGUCAUUCAGGGAGGAUGGUGGGAUGAUGACGUUGGUACUAAAGCCCAAACAAGGUAUGGUUUUUAAAUAGAAUACAUUUUUAUAAGGCAGAAAUAAAAAUUAUCAGGAAAAUAGUACUGGACAAAUUUAUAGCCUUCAAAAUCAUGAGAUUCCUUCAUAUGUAUUCUGAAUGCAAUAUCCUAUAUAUUUUAUUCAAGAAUUGUAUCAAAAUCUUAAAACAAAUUCAUGUUAAUGUGGGCUCAGGUUAACACUUUCAAACGAGUUUGACUUAAUGCUACAUCUGCUACAACCUGCAUUAUAUAUUUUUCAUUUACCCUUUUAUUUUAUUUAUGCUGGCAUAGGGUAUGCAAAAUUAAAUCUGCAAUCUUGUGGUUGUAUCGUCCACAAAAAUUUUGUGGCCUGUCAGGUUACAGUAGCACGGUCAGUAAUGUUCUAAGUCUCUGGUGUCAAAAACUGAACUUUUGUAGUUAAUUUGAAGUUCAUUUGCUAAUUUAACAGGUAGACAUAACAUUGUGUUGAAAUCCUUUUAGAUAUUCACAGGUUAGCCCAGGGGCGCAACAACUAAAUUUCCAAAGGGGAGGCAAUAUACCUUUUUAUAAAGAAUCAUCAAUCCCCCUAUUGAAACCACCACCACCACCACCCCCCCCCCCCCCCCCCCCGGGAAAAUUUGUAUUUCAAGGUGGAAAAUGGUGCUAUUUAAGCAGUUUUAUUAUCUAAAAAUUUAUUACACAGCACUUUCUUUGCCCCCGUUUGCCCCCACUUCAAGGUUUCAGAGGGGGGCAAAAUACCCUUGCGCCCCCCCCCCCCCCCCACCCUUGUUUUUGCGCCCCUGGGUUAGCCUUCACUUGCCAAACUGAGACUUAAGUACUGGUAAUUAGCUGUAAGCAUUACUUACUUGUGGAAAAAUUAACUUAAUACCAAGUCCAUUAGGCAGUUCAUGUAACAUCACAUAUUUAACUAUCUACAAUUAAAUGUAUUUUCACAGAUAAUGGGUAAUAUUUGUACGGUACCUGUACCUGGUGAUCAUAUUGCAACAAAAAAUAAUGAUUCAGCAGCACUUGGGAAAAGAAAAAAUGAACAUUUUAUUGAAAGGACUACCUUAAAAUGAAAACUAAACAGCAGAGUUGGACCCUGGUUUGUGUUGUUUUAUCAGUGAAAACAUUGCUUAAAAUAUUGGGUAGUGGUUUUGGGUUCCUGGGAUAUUUAUGUAAAAGUCUAAUGUGUGUACAUCACUUACAAAGUCUGAUGUACGGAACAUUGUGUACACACCACAGAAGAUACUACACAUGUGACACCAAUGUAUUGGCUGUGGUAUAUAUAUACUUGACCAUGGUGAUGUGGUCAUUUGAUUGUUUCUGAACUUGUUCAUUGUUUCUGUAAGCAUGUUGAGGGGAGAGAUGCUGGGUCCAUGUUUGUCGAUGAGUCAGUUGUGUGGCCCGAAGUUAUUGUCAAAUGUCAGUUCUGUGUAAGUACCAGUAACGUACAAACGUGGUUGUACAGACGAGGCUAGCCUCGUUUCUGCCACUUUUUCGUAGUGUGCUUCUUUCUAUGUUGGUAACAAAUGCCUUGAUUAGAAGUUCUCUGUUGAAAACAGACUGAAAAUAAUUUUGUUUGCGAAUGGCAUUAAUUUUGAUGUACAAAGUAGACCAAAGAUUGAUUAUUAAAUUGUUCCAUAGACUUAUAGUUUUCACUGUAAAAAAUGACUUCAUGAAUUUUACUAAUUAAGUUUAGUUAAAAAAAAAAUUUUUUUAAAGCUUUAAUCUUGGCAUAUGGAGUAUGUUGUGUAUUUUAGUGUAUGUACAAUUUCUACCCCACCCUCAAUUAGUUGUAAUGAGGUGUAGCGAUGUUAAUUCGACAUGUAAAAAACAUGCUGCUGAUAUUCUCAUUUUAAAUAUAAGAGUGUUAUAUUAUUUAUAUUAUUCUUCUCAGAAGGAUAUCAAAUAAUGAGUGCAAGCAGGAUAAAUUACAAAGCAGAUAUUUGACUGUUUAGGAUUUUAAUUUAUUAGUGAAAUUCAGAGAGACUGUGGACAGAAUUAGGGAUAUAAUGAGAGAUUGCGAUAGAGACACAGGGUGUUGAUAUUCUGGACAGUCAGGAUAGUUUAAAUUGGUCAGGGAAAGUCAGGGUGUAUACUUUAAAACCUGGAAAAAAUGAUGGAAAUUCCUGUGAUUGUAAUUUGAGGGCAAAAGUCAUGCUUCGGUAUGCCAUCACCCAGACUUUGAACACAUUUUUUUUUCCCCGGAUGGUGCUUUAGUGCAUAGUCGUGUGUAUGAUGGCAUAUGCAAUAUACUGUUUGUUCUAGUUCAGCUAUAGGAAAUAGUAGAGGCUGGAUUGUCUGUAUUUCUUUCUUUAAGAAAAUUACGAAAUAGGUAAAAUAUUUCAAAAAUUCAUUGGGGAAAUUUGUAAUAUUGGCCAUGGAAAGACAGAGAAAUGUUUUACAGAUUUGUGUGGACACCCUUGGACAUAGAGCUGACAAUCUAGAUGGAGACACUGCUGUAAAAACAGAGAUGAGAUGAAAACGAGUGAAUCGGGCAGAUACAGACAGUCAAACUGAGGUACAGAAUGCAGAUAGACACUGGAGAGGGACGAAAACAGACUGUAGAAACUUUUCAACGUUUUCAGUUGUGUUCAUGUGUUUCUUGUCAACCGUGGAACUAACCAUUUCAAAAAAAAAAAAAAUCCCGUAUGGGUGGCAGUGCUGUGACAAGUUGAUAGCGUAAUAUCUAAAACUACAACGCCCACCAACUGUCGUUCAUCUUAAAGGAAAAGUAAUGUUAUGGCAGGGCCGUUGUCUAUCAAAGGGUCUAAGUAGCUUUGUUUUCCUUCCGGAUGUUGGUGAAAAAUAUUGGACGAUUUACCCGACCGAGCUAUAAAAAUAGUUACUCAACUGCUUCUGCUAGCUUGUGAGUUUCUGUUUGUAACUGAGUAUAUUUAACUUGUCAUGUUGCUAGCCAUGCAAGUAGAGGAUGCCAAUUUACAGAACUGUUUUUGUUUGAAUAGAAGCUGCUACAAACUUGUUUGCCUUGAAAUUUUUUUUUUCUUGCAAGUGGGACGUGUGUUGUAAUCGGCAGCUCAGUGUUGUGAUUAAGAAAUUCCAGUCAUUUCAAGAUGUGGCAAUGUUGAUACAUUGUGUUGAUCACAACUUAAUGACAGCUUUCGGUUAAAACUCACCAAAUGGCAAUGCCAAAAAUGACGUCCUUACAAAAGUGCAUACCUCACUUUUACAUUACAAAUACAAAUGCUUUACCUUUCAUUCACUGCGAGAAGGUGCUGUUUUAUGUAUGAUUUUAUGUAUUUUAUGAACUAUGAUAGGUACAUGUAUUUAUUUAUGGCUGAAGGAAUGGUGUCGUGGUAAUAUAUUUUGAUAGCAUUGUAAUGUGUUGCUGUUUCAGAUUUUUUUUUGCAUGUCGUAAUAGUGAUUUAUAGUGUGCCGGAGCCUUUUUACUUGAAUUGUUACAGUUUGUGAUUAAUACUUGGGUAUUUGUUAUCCUUGUUUUUACCUUUAUUUAUUUGUACGUACUACAACACAGACAAUAAAUAAAAUGUAAGGAAUA